AAUCAGCUCGCGAGCUUCCCCUCGGAGGUGGUGGUGUUGCCUUGUCCCGCAGCUGCCGAGUCCCCGGGCGAACGGCAGAGACAGGAGAAGAAGCAGUCUGGCUCCCGAGGUCCCCCCCUUCCACCCCAAGGUCCAGAUGGCGGCCAAUGUGGUUGAUCAGCGCGGCACAGUCUGGUCCUCCCAGUACAGCAUGGUGGCCGGGGCGGGCUGGGAGAACGGCAUGGAGAUGCCCAUGCACGAGAACCCGGCGUGGGAGAAGGCCCGCCAGGCCCUGGCCAGCAUCGGCAAGGCGGGCGCUGCCGGCAGCUCCAAGGCCAGCAGCAAUGGGCCUGAGGCCGGCUCACAGUAUGUGCCUCAGGCAGAAGCCUGGGCCCUGCAGCAGCAGCAGCACUUCUGCCAGUGGUACCCGCAGUACAGCUAUGCCUACCCCGUGCCCCCCACCCCACCCCACCCGCGUCCCCGCAUGGAUGACGGCGGGUCCUACCAGGCCUCUCCACCGCAGCUGCCAGCAGCUCAAGCCCCUCAACCCUCCAACCCCUCGCAUGGGGCUCCCGCUCUGAACAGCGGCCCCCCGCCUGGGACCACGCCAGCCACACAGCACAGCCAGGCGGGGCCCACCUCGGGCCAGGCCUCCGGGCACACCUACACCGAGCAGGCCAAGCCCACGAAGGGCCAGCAGCAGUGCAACCGCAUGAAGCCGGCCCCCUGCACUGGUGGUAUCAAGUUCAACAUUCGGACACGGCCCUUCGCUGUCACCAACCAGAACUUCAGCAGCUCCACCUCGGAGGGCCAGCACAGCGGCUUGGGCCCCCAGCCCAACCCCGAGAAGGCCCAGAACCACAGGGGGAGCCGGUCCGGGAAGCCAGACGAAUGGCCGCAGGACAUGAAGGAGUAUGUGCAGCGCUGCUUCGCGGCCUGCGAGUCAGAAGAGGACAAGGACCGCACGGAGAGGCUGCUCAAGGCGGUGCUGCAGGCCCGGCUCCGGGAUGGCUCCGCCUAUACCGUCGCCUGGAGCCGGGAGCCUCUGGCCGGGCUGCCCCGGGACACUGUGGCAGGGAGCCCCAAGAAGAAGCGGUGGGAGGCCCCCAGCAGCCUUCACCCUCCCAGGGGGGCAGGCGCCACGACCAGGGGCGGGGGUGCCCAGUCACAGCGAGGGAGGCCAGGGGCUGGGGGUGCUGGCCGAGCGCGGAGCAGCUUUGCCAAGUUCGGCCACCGCAAUGUCUUCAUGAAGGACCACAGCUCCUCCUCCGGCACAGAAUCCCGAUCCCGCUCCUCCUCCCGGUCCCCGACCCGCCACUUCCGCCACAGUGACUCCCACUCGGACGCGGACAGUUCCUACUCAGAGAAUGAGUGUCCACCUGUGGGUCGCCGGAACCCGCCCCCCAAGGGCCGAGGAGGUCGGGGGGCCCAGCUGGAACGGGGCCGAGGCAGGGCGCAGCGAGGGGGCAGGCCUGAUCUAGCGCCCACCAAGCGCAAGCGCAAGCGCAAGCGGAUGGCGGCGCUGGAGGGUGAGGACCCCGAGCGCGAGCUGAAGAAGCAGAAGCGGGCAGCCCGCUUCCAGCCCGGACAUUCCGGCCGCCUGCGCCUCGAGCCCCUGGUGCUGCAGGUGGGCGGCCUGGAGAGCAGCGGGGGUGACCCCGACUGGCAGGAGCUGCAGAUCGUGGGCACCUGCCCUGACAUCACCAAGCCCUACCUGCGUCUCACCUGCGCCCCCGACCCGUCCACGGUGCGCCCUGUGGCGGUCUUGAAGAAGUCCCUGUGCAUGGUCAAGUCCCAGUGGAAAGAGAAGCAGGACUACGCCUUCGCCUGCGAGCAGAUGAAGUCCAUCCGGCAGGACCUGAUGGUGCAAGGCGUGCGCACCGAAUUCACCGUGGAGGCGUACGAGACGCACGCCCACAUCGCCUUGGAGAAGGGUGACCAUGAGGAGUUCAACCAGUGCCAGACGCAGCUCAAGUCGCUGUACGCGGAGAGCCUGCCCGGCCACGUGGGUGAGUUCACCGCCUACCGCAUCCUCUACUACAUCUUCACCAACAACUCGGGGGACAUCACCACGGAGCUGGCCCACCUGACGCGGGAGCUGAAGGCGGACCCCUGUGUGGCCCACGCCUUGGCGCUGAGGGCAGCCUGGGCUCUGGGCAACUACCACCGCUUCUUCCGGCUCUACCGCCAUGCGCCCCGGAUGUCUGGCUACCUCAUUGACAAGUUUGUGGACCGGGAGCGUCAAGCCGCCCUCAAGGCCAUGAUCAAAACCUUCCGCCCUGCGCUGUCCGUCUCCCACCUGCAGGCCGAGCUGGCCUUCGAGGGCGAGGCUGCCUGCCGGGCCUUCCUAGAGCCCCUAGGCCUGGCCUACACGGGCCCGGACCUCGCCAGCAUCGACUGCCGCCGCAGCCUGGCGCAGCUGUCCGCCCUCUGAGCACCG